AUGGCGUUGAAUCUGGAGAAACAACUACGAUUUUAUGGCGCGUACCAUCACAAUCCGGUGAACAUCGCAAUUCACACAACCUGCGUUCCUGUUAUAUUAUGGACGUUUUUCCUACUUUGCACAAACUCGCCAAGAUUAGUGCCGCUGCCUGAGAGUCUGACGAUAACAAACCUUCCUCCCAACGCAGGGACAACAUUCUGCCUCUUGUACUGCGGUUUAUACAUCCUCCUUGAGCCUGUUGCAGGUGGGAUCCUCGCAGUGAUCCUGCUUGCAGGCACUGCCUAUGCGAAUCAUCUUUCAUCUACCUAUGGUGCAAGGGCAAACUAUUGGGCUUUCGGUGCGCACUUAGUGAGCUGGAUAGCACAAUUCGUUGGUCAUGGCGUUUUCGAGGGCAGGGCUCCGGCGCUCUUAGACAACUUAUUUCAGGCUGUGUUCCUAGCACCGCUCUUUGUGUGGCUGGAGAUCCUUUUCUCCCUAGGUUAUCGACCUGGGCUCAAAGACCGUUUGGAGAAAGCAGUACAAGCAGACAUCAGCAAGUUUCGGAUGUCCAAAGAAGGGGAGAAGACCAAAGGAAAGCCAAUCCCCAGGGACCAGAGAGUAGAUAAUAGCCAUGCCAAAUCCAAAUGA